AGUCAUCAUAUCAUUAGACUUAGAUACUUACUCCCACCACCACCACCACCACCUUUACGCUGGACCAACUACAUCUCAAGUUGCCUUACCACCACGAACGACCACCAUAAAAACCCCAAGCCAAAAGGAACAACAACAACAAAAAAAAUGCCUUUUUCCUUCCCCACCCGUCGAACUUCCACCCAAAGCGAUUCUAGCGCCAAAUCCAACUCCUCCUCUCGCUGCUCCUCCAUCGACGAAACUCUUCUCGCGACGACUUUACCUAUUGCCCCGCGCGAAGACAAUUAUGCUAUUUCGGAACAGAUUCGUCAGAAGAGAUUGUUGGUGAAGUGUAAGAGGUUGGAGACGGAUGGACCACUUUGUUAUAAGAGUGUGAAGCAGGAGCUGCGGCAGGAGCAGGAGCAGGGUAGUACAGCGAGAAGGUGAUUGAAUGGGGUGGUGUGAGAAGAGAAGAGGAUGUGAACGCUGCUCUCAAAGUUUGGGGAGGGGAGGGGUAGCGGGGUUUCGUUGCGUGGUUGGAGGAGGGAGGGAACUUUCUCUCUUUCUAUCUCUCUGUCUGCCUACCUAGCGGCUUUGAAGGGACCUCGAGUUAUGGAAAGUCGUGAGAGGAGGAUACAUCAUCAUCAUCAUCAUCAUCAUCAUUACGGGGUCUGAUAAACACGGGUUUCCUCUUCAACGGACGGACGGACAAUGCACAAAAAGCAAAAAGCAUUCUUUCCCCUACAAACAUUUUUAACAGACUCGAGAAGAGAUUCUCAAGUCGAGUCAGUCAAGUAAUAGAAAGAGGAGAGGGAAACCGGCUUAUCGACCUAGAUAAGAUGUCGAGGAGGAGGAGGAGGAGGAGGAGGAGGAGGAGGAGGAGGAGAAGCAGGAGAAAGAGUCCGCGGAAUGCUUUGCAGCUAGGGGAGGAUUUUCUGACUUUCAGACCGGGGGGUUGCCCAAUAAUAUUGCGAGGAGGAAAGAGAGGAAAAGGAAGAGAGAGAUUUGCAAGAGGAGUUCAGAACCAAGAGGAGAGAGAUUUUUGCGCUUUGCAAAAAAAGGAUAGAUAGGUUGCUAGGUACCUAAGGAGUAUCAUAAGGGCCAAAUGUAUGUUGGCAAAUCUUGCUCAGAUUGUACUCUUCCUGUUAGUUUCACUCAGGCAUAGGUAGAUGAUAUUGAAAAG